AGUGUUCGUAGGACGGUCUCGAGGUCCCAGCUGUCCGAUUUGUGUGCGUGCCAUCACGUCAGCUAGCCAUUAGCAGAGCUAGCGCGUUAGCCUGGCCAGUUGAAUAUCACAAACAAGUCGACUUUUAUCUAUUCAGCAUUUUUAACACGGUCAUCUCUAUGUAAUAUUAAAUAUUUUGAAGGAAUGUAUUCGCUUUCGAUGUCACUUUGACGUUGACAACACCUCGGUUUGUUGUUUGUCGCGAUACUAGGGUCAAAGACAAAAUGUUUUUCUAAUUGCGGAGACGCUCACAGCUGAUUUUUCCUGGACAUGCUCCAGAAUAACCUUAUUUAUUCCCAUUUAUUUGGUAAUCUAUCAUCCAGAUUGUUACGGAUCGCCCUCUCCCGUCCCCCUUACCCCCCUUCUUAAACAGCAUGGCUCAGGAGACAAAUCAGACGCAGGUGCCAAUGCUUUGCACUAUGGGAUGCGGUUUCUAUGGUAACCCUCGCACCAAUGGAAUGUGCUCUGUCUGCUACAAGGAACAUCUGCAGAGACAACAAGGAGGGGGGCGAAACAGUCCCCCAGGUGAUAAAGCUGCCACAUCUCCUGUAGGUUCCCCAGGUGCAUCUGCAGUAACAGUGGAGUCCACCCCUGUACCCCCUACGGAAGCCGUUACCCCACCUGAAGAGCGCACGUCUAGUAAUUCGACCAGCCCAGUGACCCAGCAGAUGACUGCUAUGAGCAUCUCCCAGGACACGGCAACCAAUGAUUCAGACAGGGCUGAAGUGGAGGAGGAAGAGGAGGAGGGAUCGUCUAAAAGCACAGGGCCAGUAGGGGAGGCUGCACAGGCUUCAUCAGAUGGAGAUCAGACCCCUGACAAGAACAAAAAGAAGAAUCGAUGCUUCACUUGUAGGAAAAAAGUUGGCCUCACGGGAAUACAUGACAGACUGAAUCCACUCGCUUUUGUGUCUAUAGGCUUUGACUGUCGCUGCGGUAACCUGUUUUGCGCUAUCCACCGUUAUUCUGACAAACAUGACUGUCCCUACGACUACCGAGGAGCCGCCGCCGCCCGCAUCCGCAAGGAGAACCCCAUUGUGGUAGCUGAGAAGAUUCAGAAGUUAUGAGGACUGAUGGCUAAAUGAGCAUUGUUUGACCUGCAAGUUUUGGAACCAUGGCGCUGAAUAACACCAUUCUAAAAUGGAUUCAUUUCUUCAUUGUAGGAUAAGGUGGGUGGGGUUGUAGGGUACAGCCCCUGCUUGGCCACUCCCUAAACUAUCAUCUCCCUGUCUCUCCCGGAAGGACGGUGUAGAGGUGUGUGUGUGUGAAUGUGUGACAUGUUGAGAAAUAUGUGCGUGUGUUUUGUUUGUUUUUUUUUUCUUUUCUAGAGAGCCAGGGAGAAGAGGGAUUGGUUGUCAGUUGGGCAUCCAUGUGGGGAGGGUGGACUCUUUAGUUUUUACCCUGGCAUUGAUUUUUGUUAGGAUAUUAACAUUAUUUUUUUAUAGGAGCCCUGACAUGUGGGUUCAGGAAUCAUUGGAGGGGGUGGGUGGGGGGUCAUCGAAAGGAAAUUUCUCAAAACGUUGCUGAAGAAUAUAGAUUUUAAUGACUACUCCCACAUUUACCCAUGUAAAAAUCUUUUUCUGUGACAUUCUUUUUUUCUUUAUUCUGAUUAAUUAUCCCGACAUGUCAAAUCCCAGCCUGUGCAUUUAAAAAAAUAUUUCUCUUUUAUAUAUUGACUUAUCAUGCUAAUGUUGGGUGCAUGAAUAGUUAUUGGAUGGGGUUUGAAGGGGGGGCGGGUGGGGUGUAGCAAGAGCCUUGACAUAAGCGAGUGAUUGAGUUAUUUUUUUUCUUUCCUUUUCUGUUUUAAUGAGUGUAUGGCAUCAGAAGAUCUAUAUUAAUAUAUUGUACGUAGCUUGAAUUGUGUGAUUGCAUUCUAUUUAUUUUGUAUUAUCAUUUGGUUGGUUGGUACUGGAGGAUUGGAAGCAUGUGUCCAAAAAAAUUAUUUGUAGGAAAUCCCUUAACAACAUUUUGGGCCAUUUACGUAUGCAUUUUUAAGAAUUAUAGGUCCUGAUGAAGCCACACUAGAUUGGGAUGAAAAAAUCUUGCUUUUCAGAAUCAAAGCACAAAAACGUUCUUCAGUUUCUUCGCACAAACAACAAAAAGUGCAGUUAGUGUAGGAUCCUUGGUGCUGUACGGAACCUAGCAGGCCUGUUAUUGCUAAUGCACGCCAGCGAUGAACUAUUAUUAUGACCUUUUACCUCAGAGUCUCAGAGCUUUGAGAGCAAGGUGUUUAACCACCAGCAGACCAAUGAAUGAUGCUAAUGGAACCGGCUAGUAAUAUGUUUAAUAGGCGACGCCUUUCCGUUCCAAGACAUGUAUUUACAAUUAAUACCACUGUGCUUAUGAUGUCAUAGUGGAAGAUGCACACACACUUCUCCUAACAGAUAAACGUUGCAUGCUCACACAGAUAUUAGGCCAAAUGCAGUGUUUGCUAAAGCCACAUUUUACAUUGCUGCAAGAAUGUAAAACAAAACAGUGUCCCAUUGCAUGGGCAAAUAGAGCCUGCUAUUCAAACAAACAGGUUUCUUUUAGUAUCUAAUGUAAAUAUUAUAUGGCUACCAUUUUAAAUAGAAUGUUUAAGGUUUUAGAAAGAACAGGAAAGGUUCAGCAGGGAAAAAAACGUCCAUUUUGUGUGUAUGUAGUGUUUAUUAACUAUCCAUAUGUAAGGAGAAAGAUGCAAUGUGGUGUUCUCUGUCAUCCCUUGAGUGAAUCCUAUGUCUUUGUGCUGGUUGUGUUUUUAAUUACUCUGUUUGUUUGUUGUAAAAGGGCUGAAACGACCAUUUUGUAUUUAUCCUUAAUGUUGUCCAGCAAUCUUCUCCCAUGAUGUCUCUUGAUGUGCACAUUUUUCCAUGAUUCAUAUACAACCCCUUGACUUGCAAAACUUGUUGAAAGCAACUUGGUGGAUGUAACCGAUUUGAAGUCCUGGUAAUGACCUUGCUGCUUUAUUAAGGAAAUAACCUGAGCUUUAAUUAGCACCGUCUGUGAUUGCAGCAUUAUCCUCAGUGGGGCUGCCAGCUCAAGAGGGCUUUUGUGCAAGGCAGGUGUCAGUGGCUCAGAGAGCUGGCAUGUAUUCACGCCAUGCUUGGCUGAGCCGACAUCCUGACAGCCUUUUAAUGAGGGUUUGGAUCUCACUCUUUGUCUGCACCAUUUGCUUGAGAUUAAUCCUACCUUUCUAGGGUUUAAGUGUAGGCAUUCAGGCAGGUGAAAGGCGGUGUAUGGAAAUUCUGGACUCGUAAUUUCUAGUGAGAUUGUUGUAGUGUGUGUGGGUAUGAAACUGUGAAUGUAGUCAACCGCUUGACUAUGAAGCUCCAGUGGGUUGAAGCCAGUUGGUCACCUCUAAUGUUGCCUUCAGUGUCUUAUCAGAUCCAUUGGUACUAUAUGCCAGUGUAUUAUCCCUUCUAUGCUAGCAAUGAUUAUCUGUCCUCAUUGCAUGUUAUUGAGCAAAAUAGUGAAGUGACUUCUUCAGAAUGCCUUGAUUUUAGUGAAGGUGUUGAGAUUUAAUUUUCUCCCAGAAGUUCAUCAGAACAUUCGGAUGGGUGACGUGAGUUUCAGCUCAGAUGUGUUCGGCAGUACAUUAACCAGCAUUUAUAGGUUAAUUUAUCAGCGUGCCCAGUCCCCCAGAGACACCACCAGAUACCUUUUUGUUUUCUUUUGGAAUUUAGGAUUGUAUGAUGUGUAUGAGUAAGUAUAAAACCAAUAAAAUCACAAAGUUUAUUUUAAAUUUA